CAGCGCCUCCCAGUCAGUGUUAUGCUGAUUUCUCUCUCUCUCGUUCUCUGGUUACAUUAGCAUCACCCUGGCCUUAUCUUCCUGGCUUCACUACAAUGACCCACUGCAUCUCCAAGGAAAUGUGUGCAGGCAAAUGUACUGUCUGUAUGUAUGUAUGUAUGAAUGAAUGAGUGUGUCUGUUAAUGCAAUCCUGGCUCUCCACCUGGCCUUCAUGAGUUUAUCUGAGGACACACAUCUCCUCCCUGGAAGAUGGGAAAUGCUUCAGACACAACCCUGUUUGUCUCCACAAUCUCAAAGGAGCUUGACUUGCUCAUGGGCACUUUCUACAGCAUAUUCUGUGUUCUGUCUCUCCUGGGGAAUGGCAUCUUGCUGCUUGUUGCGUAUCGUAAGCGAUUGUCCUUGAAGCCGGCCGAGUUCUUCAUCAUAAACCUGUCCAUCAGCGACCUUGGGAUGACCCUGUCUUUAUUCCCUCUGGCCAUUCCCUCAGCAUUCGCUCACAAGUGGCUGUUCGAUGAGAUCACCUGUCAGUUUUACGCUAUGUGUGGGGUUCUGUUUGGUCUGUGCAGUCUGACCAACCUCACAGCUCUCUCUUGCAUCUGCUGCCUCAAAGUCUGCUUCUCUAACUAUGGCAAUAAAUUCUCCUCAUCCCAUGCCUGCUUCCUGGUGGUGGCAGUGUGGUGUUACGCCUCUGUGUUCGCCAUCGGUCCCCUGGCACAUUGGGGACACUACAGAGCAGAGCCUUAUGGCACUGCCUGCUGCAUUGACUGGAACGUACCCAACUACGAGCUGUCUGCCCUGUCCUACAUUGUCUGCCUGUUCCUCUUCUGCUACGCUCUGCCCUGCACCGUCAUCUUCCUCUCCUACACCUUCAUCCUGCUGACGGUGCGCGGCUCUCACCAGGCCGUCCAGCAGCAUGUGUCACCCCAGACCAAGACCACCAACGCACACGCCCUCAUCGUCAAGUUGUCAGUAGCAGUAUGCAUCGGAUUCCUGGGUGCAUGGAGCCCUUACGCCAUAGUGGCCAUGUGGGCGGCAUUUGGUGACGCCACCCUAGUGCCUCCUACUGCAUUCGCCCUGGCAGCCAUCUUUGCCAAAUCGUCCACCAUCUACAAUCCUAUGGUAUACCUGCUUUGCAAACCAAACUUCCGCAAGUGUCUUUGUCGAGACACAUCCACGUUCCGCAAUAGGAUCUGCAGGGGCAGCCCCCGGCCUGAACAGAAAGACCCAUUUGGAUCCACAUCCCAGAGAAACAUCAAGGACAUGAGUGUCUCAAACGGACAGCCAGAGAGCCACAGGGCAUGUUUGCACUCUGCCGAGGAUGGAGCACACUGCCACACAGGGACCACACCCCAGAGGACUGCCCGAAUACUGUCAGGCUCCACCUACAGCAAUGCGACUGUCAGUCAACUCUCUGCUAAACAACAGGCUCAUUUCCUCUAGUAGUGAAUCAGAACUGUAUCCUACCCUAAUCAUUCAGGCAGGGAUGGAGAUGGUCAGGUGGAAAGACAUGGCCAGGAUGGGAGACAGUAAAAUGGCAAAAAAGAAUAGGUGGAAUUCAGUUCAAGCACACAGGGCAAAAUGUCAGUAUCUGUGAGAGACUGGCCCAUCAUGCCUCAUCAGCGUUAGCCUCCGCUACAAAACAGUGCAUGCAUUCCCCUGUGCCAUCCAUCCCCCCAAACAUACAUAUGUUUUUAGCUGGCUGAGUUACUGGUAUUGGCGCUUAUUUGGGCAAUAUUUGUUAAUGCCUCCAUUCCAGAUAGCCACUAUUGGCAUUACAGCAAGCUACGGCCAGCCUCAGGAUCCCUAUAGGGAGAGCCUCAGUCCAUUCUGUUCUGACCAAGGUCACUGCCAAAGGACCACAGCUUCAAGGUUGGAUAUUUAGCAAAAAAAAACAUAUUUCUUGAAAUGUUUAUGUACGUCGGCAGCUGUUAUACUCCGUCUCACUCACCAUAACAAACAAGUUGAUCAAUGCAAACAACAAAUAACAUUAAGUUGUACAAGAUGCCUAAGGACAAAAUUGUUAAUUGAAAUAUUUAAAUAUAUUUAUAAAAGAGAACAUUUAUUGUUAUAAGUGCAGUGGAUUUAUCCAAGGACAAUUACACGGCAAGGAGACAGAACCAAAGGAAAUAGGAGCCCAAUGAUCCCACACAUUAUGCAAUGUUCACAUCUCUGUCGUGGGGGCUAUGAUAUGAAAAUCUUAUUGCUAAUCACUAAACUCGUCUGGUGAUACCGUGCCAGUGUAGAGAGGCCUUUCUCCUGACAUUAUUUCCAAUACAUUGUUGAUAGUACUGGGCUGUGAAGUAGGCCUGGAUUUGCCUUCAGACCAUUGUGUUGUUGUGCUGUAGGCUUUGAUGUGUAUUUGUAAUAAGAGAGCCUAUCUAGGCUAUAUUUUCAUCAUGAUGUCCUUGUUAAAACUGUGAAACAAAUAUGAGGAAAUUGAUUUAAUUAGCUUAGUUAUAUUGUUUGAAAUGUAAGUCAUGUUUCAAAACGGCCAAUCAAAAUAGGGCUACCUUGUCACAGGUUAGAGGUCAUCAUGGAGUGUUAUCCCUGAGGGUACCACAGGAGGGCAUCCUUAUGUUUCUAGUGUCCAGGUGAGCCUGAUUAGGAUUACUGGGUUCACCUAGUUUAGGACUAUUUAGGUUCCUCUAUUGAACUGGGCCGGUUGCUCAGGCCUCUUGUCUUGUUUUGUGUUGUACUCAUGUGCACUUGCUUUGUUGUUUUUUCUAUGAAUACUUCAGUAAACAUUCUGGAUUUACCCUCA